UCGGGGCAAAGUCUGGCUGCUGGGUCGAACACAAGCAGCACUGACAUUAUCACAAUUUGUCACACCAAAACACCUAAAGCCUAGAAAUAAGUCUGUGAGAAGAGGCAGCAAGAGACUGACAAGCAUGGACACCACUUCUUCAUUCAUCAAAUCUGUGACCAAGCGUGUGUGGUCUCCACCACAGCGUCCCUUCAGAGUGUGUUGUAACAACAGGGACACCAGGAAGGGCAUCACAGCCGGGACCCUGGAGGAGCUGAAGGAGAGGGUCUGCCAGGCCUUGCUGCUGUCCCUGUCUGCCCUGUCUCUGUCUCUGGUGUGUGAGGAGGACGGCACCGAGGUGGACUCCGACGAGUUCCUCAUCACGCUGCCUGACAACACCAUGCUGAUGGCCCUGGAGCCUGGACAGACAUGGAGGCCACAGCCGGGGGCAGUCGUGUCCAAAUCUCAAGACCACAACAAGCCUCGGACCGGGAGAGACAUCGCUCGUGUGACCUUUGACCUUUACAGGAUGAGCCCAAAGGAUUUAUUUGGCUCCCUGAGUGUGAAGGCCACAUUUCAAGGCCUGUACUCUGUGAGCGCUAACUUUGAGUGUCUGGGGCCCAAGAAAAUCCUCAGAGAAGCGCUGCGUAUGGCCUCCACCCUCCUCCACGCUGCUGGACACCUGCUCAUCACCUCCGCCUCCAUGAUCCGCCGCAUUAUCGAAGGCACCGAGCUCUGGCACCCUCAGAGGACGGAGUACACCGCCCGCUGGAACUGACGGAGCCAACACACCUUCUGAUACCAUCGUUAUAUGUCUGAUAUCUUUUAUUCAGCCAAAGAAAUAAUACAUACAGCAGGGAUGGGCAACUUAAAUGCUGCAGGGGGCCACAGUUUUUCAUGUUCACUACCACAGGGCCACAUAUAGGAGCGUGCAAUUCACCAAAUAUGAUGAAACUGCAAUUUUAAAUAUGUUUACAGUGCAGUAACUUAACAUAUUUUAUGCUCAAAUGCAUGUAGAACAGUAUAAAUAGGAAUACAAAAGGUUUGAAGCAAAUAAAAAAUAACCUCUUACUGUGAUUUCUUUUUUUUCAGUGCAAGAACAGCAGACCAACAUUGAUUGCAAGAAGUCAUUUUGUGCAUUUUUACACUGAACUUUUAAGAUUUCAUGCUCAAAUGCAUGUAGUUGUACUGAGGGCCACUUCAAGUGAGGGUGCGGGCCGUAUGCGGCCCCCGGGCCUCCAGUUGCCCAUCCCUGAGAUACAGUAUGGUGUUGUGUCUAUGCUCAUUUUAAUGUAUAUGAAAUAAUUCUGAAAUUAUAUUCAUGUAGCAAAUGAAGGAUUGUAUUUCGAGAUUGGAACAGUAUUAAAAUAUAAGAAAAUUCAAAAAAAGGGAAAAAAUAUAUCAAGUAAAUAAAGUAAAAAAAUUAAAAGGUAAAAUAAAUUUGUAUAUAAAAAAAUAAAAAAGAGACAUAAAUUAGAUCUACCUCUAAGAAUAGGGUUGUAUUUUUAGAUUGGAACUGUAUAAAAAAAAGUUUUUUAAAAAGUGUAAAUAAAUAAAACUGACAUAACAAACAAAUAAACGAGACACAAAUGAUAUCAAAGUCUAAGAAUAGUAACAUAACUCAGAUAAGGAAAAUCAUUUUCCUAUCUUUAUAUUCCCCCUUAGUCUUCCUAAACCUCACAUAUUCCUAUUAUCGAGCAUCUCACUGAGUAGUUAUUGUAUAAUUGUCCUUUUUAAUAUGAGGAAAACAAUUUUUCAACAUGACCAUUUACCAUCUGGUAGAGUAGUAUCUGUAAAAGAAAUAAAGACAUAACUUGAACAUACUUAAGAUUAUGAGCAGAAUAAAGCAGGAUAAUACCAGAAUGAGUGUCAUAUUGUAGGUAUAAAUGUAGCUUUUCUAUUUUUGUGCAAUAUAUUCUACAUAAUAACCUAGAAUUGUACUUUAUUUUUGUUAAAUUGAUAUGGAUUAUAUAUUUGCUGGUGAACUUUAUGUGCUCUGAGAUUAUAGCUGUUGUGGUUGUUAAUGUUUGAUCAGAAACACAUUUUAAAAAAUAAAAUGCAGUAUUAAUCAGUUAUCAGUUUCGAUGGUGCCUAUGCAUUAUAAACAUACUUAUGAUGAGUAAUAAUUUGCUUAUAGCACUGUAUAAUUACCUAUAAGCAUUCAUAAACAUGCACCAUGCAUUCUGACAAUAAUUGUAACAUUAAAAUGUAUUUUUAAUAAUAAUUUAUAAGGUGAUGUAUCAUAAUUAUUCAUAAUAGCUGCUCAUUUACAGACUCUUUUCAAGGAUUAUAGCGUAUUAUAGUUCUCAUAGUUGUAAUGCAUCAUAAUCUUUUUAUAGUGCAUUAUAAUCACAUUAUUAUAAUGCAUUUUAAUGUGAUAUUAGGGUAAAACCUCUCACAUUAUUAGUAUGUUUAUAAUGCAUUAUAGACAUAUGCUUGCAAAAAACAAUGCCAGUCAGUGACCAGCAAUUAUACAUUUUAAUAUGAAGCAUUAUGAAUAUUUAUGCAUGCUUUUAAAGAGAAUCAUACAAUGCAUAAACAGAUUAUAACCCAUUGUAAGUAUUUUUAAAAAUGCAUUAAAGACACAGGCAUCAUAGGAGGUUAUGAGUGUUUUGAAAGAAGAGUCAU